UCCGGCGAAAACACAGCUACCCAAGUACAUACGGCGAGGUCGAUCGCCGAUUCCCCCCGCCGUCAGCACCCGCCAGGUCCCUCUCCGUCGCGAUAGACCCCAUCCACGGCGAUCCCCGACGGCGCCGCCAGCUCGACGCUCCCCGCUCAUCCGCCUGCAAAUAGUGGACCAGCCGAGGCUUCAUCCCUCCAGAAAAAGGGCCAACAACAAGGCCAUAUAUUUCUCAAGUUGCCCAGAACAUGAGUCGUGGCCGCGUCGUUUGGGAUCUUCCACAGGAGAUUCUAUGCCAUAUACACUCCCUCUUGCCACUGCAAGACGCUGCCCGUGCUGCCUGCGUGUCUCGCGGAUUUCUACAAUUCUGGAGAUGCUACUCGAAGCUCGUACUCAACCACCGUACGCUUGGGUUGACCGACAUGCAAUUUGUCAGAAGAGAAAUAAAUUUCAUGGACAAAGUUGACCAAAUUCUUGAAAACCAUCACAACAAUGGGGUUCUGGUGGAGAUACUUGAACUUGAAUAUCCCCCUUCCAGGAGCAUCAAGCCCUGCUACCUAGACAGGUGGCUCCAAAUCACAGUUAAGCCUGGGAUUAAACAACUUGACUUAUCUAUGUGUGUGACCGGUCCCGAGGAGGAAAACUACAACUUCCCGUGUUCGGUUUUGUCCAAUGGAGCAGCUGCAAGUUCAAUUCAAUCUCUUUGCCUCUCCGCUUGCAGUAUUCAUCCCACAUCGACACUUGGCGUCUUGAGAAAAUUGACAAGUUUACAUUUGAAUCUUGUCCAUACUACUGAGGAAGGAUUAGGGAACUUGCUCUCAAAAUCUUUCGCCCUAGAGCGGCUUGACCUCUGGUUUUGCCGUGGGAUAAAUUGUUUACGGAUACCUUCUAUGAUGCAGAACCUCAAAUUCCUCGAAAUUAUAGAAUGCCAAAGGUUGAAGGUGGUAGAGAUCAAUGCUUCAAAUCUUUGCUUCCUUCAUUGUGUUGGUGGUGAUAACCUGAGAGAAAUCUCGGCCAGAAAUUCUUCUCAGCUGAAGAAUGUAACUUUAUCGUCGGUUCUUCUCUCAUAUGCUCAUGCUUGGCUUCCAUCCAUCGCAAGAAAUGCUGAGAGCCUUACCCUAUGCUGUCCUACUAAGAAUGUCAACAUUUCAAGCAUGCCCUCCAAUCUUCUCCACCUGAAGAAGUUGGAUAUCGAACUCAGUCGACCAACGAUGGCGGCCUUCUGUACGAGCUACGAUGUCUUCUCUUUGCUUUCUUUCAUUGAUGCUUCUCCUGUCUUGGAUUCCUUCAUCCUGACGGUAGAGAAGAAUGCCCUUAAGGAUGAUCUUGACAUGGGAGAUGAAAACAACAAGUAUUUGGGGCGGAAGCUGGAGCGUCGGCAUGUCUGCCUCCGGCGGGUGGAUAUCAUGGGCUUUUGUGCAUCCAAGAGUCUAGUCGAGCUCACGAUCCACAUCCUCGAGAACGCACCAUCACUCGAGAACCUGAUUUUGGACACGAUCUAUGGCUACAAUAGAUGUUUGGAUACAUUUCACAAAUGCACAACCUCAACAAAGAUUAUCCAAUGCUCGCCCUUGAGCAGGGCAGACCUUGCGAGAGCUCGUAGAGCCGUGAAGGUUGCGGGAAGGUAUAUCGUGGGAAGAGUUCCAUCGUCUGUUCAGCUCGAGAUCCUAGAUCCCUGUAAUCGAUGCAAUACCGGCGAGUGGUAG